GCAGCGUGCGGACGCCACACGCUCCGGAAGUGGGAGGUGUCCGCCGGAGUUUGUGUGGCGGCCACCGCGGGAACGCGAGCCGCGUAGUUUUACAAUAGAGGAAAGCGAGGAUUUGGGGCUUAGUGGCGAGAGUGAACGAGUGUCCGACUCUAGCAGCUGUCUUCUGGUGCGAGAGACAGCAUGGAGGAUGAACAGAGCAGGCAGCCGGGCGACGAGGCCGUGCGACUGUGUGAGGAGGCGCCGCGUCGGAACCUCGCGAAAAAGCAACUAAACAGGUUUGACGGCCAAGAAACAAAAGGAUCUAAAUUCAUUACCUCCAAUGGAAGUGAUUUCAGUGACCCAAUUUACAAAGAGAUUGCUAUUACAAAUGGUUGUAUUAAUAGAAUGAGUAAGGAGGAACUCAGAGCUAAACUUUCAGAAUUUAAGCUUGAAACCAGAGGAGUAAAGGAUGUACUAAAGAAGAGACUGAAAAACUAUUAUAAGAAGCAGAAGCUGAUGUUGAAAGAGAGUAACUGUACUGACAGUUACUAUGACUACAUUUGUAUUAUUGACUUUGAAGCCACUUGUGAAGAGGGUAACCCACCUGAGUUUAUACAUGAGAUAAUUGAAUUUCCUGUUGUUUUAUUGAAUACGCACACCUUAGAAAUAGAAGAUACAUUUCAGCAGUACGUGAAACCAGAGAUUAACACACAACUUUCUGAUUUCUGCAUCAGUCUUACUGGAAUUACUCAGGAUCAGGUAGACAGAGCUGACACUUUCCCUCAGGUACUGAAAAAAGUCAUUGACUGGAUGAAGUUGAAGGAAUUAGGAACAAAAUAUAAAUACUGCAUAUUAACAGAUGGUUCAUGGGAUAUGAGUAAGUUCUUGAACAUUCAGUGCCAACUCAGCAGACUCAAAUAUCCUUCUUUUGCUAAAAAGUGGAUCAAUAUUCGAAAGUCAUAUGGAAACUUUUACAAGGUUCCUAGAAGCCAAACCAAACUGACGAUAAUGCUUGAAAAAUUAGGAAUGGAUUAUGAUGGGCGGCCUCACAGUGGUCUUGAUGAUUCUAAGAACAUUGCCAGAAUAGCAGUUCGAAUGCUUCAGGAUGGAUGUGAACUCCGAAUCAAUGAGAAAAUGCAUUCAGGACAGCUAAUGAGUGUGUCCUCUUCUUCACCAAUAGAGGGCACUCCAGCUCCACAAAUGCCACAUUUUAGAAAGUAACAGAUUUUGUCUGUCCAUCAUCCUAACUGGAGUUGCUACAAAGAGCUAGCAGAUGAAUGCUAAUCCAAUUAGUCCUGCAGUGCAAACUUCAAGCACCUUAAACAUUUAAAAUCUUAUUACAGUUGUGAUAGAUAUGUGUGUAUGUGAACAGAAUUUGUCACCAGCACUUUUGAUAUGACAGCAUGUGUUACACGGUAACAGUUCCUACUUAGAACUGAAUUUUAUAAUUUAAGGUGUCCCUGAUGUGCUCUUUUUGGUUUUAAAAUGCAUAAUUUUAUUGGCUCUUCCCUUAAAUUUCAUAGCUUUUUGAUGUUGAAAUAUAGUGUAUUUCUACAUUAACAUAUUAAAUCAUUUCUUAAAAUGCAGAAAGAUUGAAAGGUAGGCUUUUUUAUCUUGUCUUUGGGUUUUAUGACUAUCAUGGUCCUUUCGAGUUUUGAAGUUUAUAUGUGCAUUUCAGCUACAAUCCUCUCUCAGUAUUCUCAGGGGAUUCAUUGCGGGACUCUAGAGAACACCAAAGUCCCCAGAGGUUCAAGUCCUUCACAUAAAAUGGCGUAGCAUUUGGAUAUAACCUGCGCACAUCCUCCCAUAUUACUUUACAUCCUCUCCAGAUAUAGUACCUUAGAAAAUGUAAAUACUACGUAAAUAGUUUCAUGCCGUGUUAUUUAGGGAAUAAUGACAAGAAAAGUCUGUAUAUGUUCAGUACAGAUAGAACCAUCCUAAGCCUAACCAUACCACACAGAAACCCAAGUGCAAGAUGUGCAAUUCUAAACCAUGAGCACUAGAGGGAGCCUGAGGAUCUGUGAAAUGGCAGGCGGCUAAAGUAGGGUGUGCCACACAACACUCCAUUUCUGUGGAUUGGACAUAGUGCUUGGCACGUGGAAAAUUCAAGUUUUGCCUUUUGGAACUUUUUUUCCCUAAGUAUUUUAAUUCUGCAGCUGGUUGAAUCCAUGGACAUAACUCACAGAUAUGAAGGGCAAACUAGGGUAAAUUUCAUAAACUAUGUCAUAUAUAUCUGCCUGUUUCUUUUCAACUUAUAAUUGGAAUAUUUGUGAUGGAUUAUAGGUUCUGGUUUACAAUUUACUACUAAUGAAUUUGACGUGAAGUCAGAAGAAAAUACUACUUAAAUGAAUGUCAUAAGGGCUGUAACUCAAAUGUUACAAUACAUGAGUAGGUUUUGUUUUGUUUUUGCUUUUGGAUUUGGUUGUUUGGUUCCCCUCCAUCUAAUGACUUAUAUCUGCUCUAAAUUUAAAUGUAGGAGAUGGUGCUUUGAAAUAGACUUUAUAAUAUUGUGUUACCAUUUAAUUUUACAUUUGUAUUCAGUAUUAUAAGGGAGAUUAAUAAAGUCAAGGUUUUCUGCCACAUUUUAUGUUUUUAUCAUUAAAAGCUUUACUGGCCAACAGUGGAAUUAGUCAAUAAAAUAUUUGCUUAUCUGAA